CAUUCGAAAGAUCUGUGGACACUUGAAGUCUGGGAAGACAAAUUUAGCUAUGUAUGUAUACUCGAUUAAUAGAGCAUGAUUUGUGCUGCAAUAAUUACAGGUGCUGGCUUCCAAGUCUGGCAUACAUUCCAUAUGGCAUGAAGUAAAGCUGAGAUAAAAAAAAUGAAUGAGGUUACAAUACCAUCCAAAAUGCGCAAGGGGCUGAUAAAGGAUCCUGACAUCGCAGACCUAUUCUGCAGUGAGGAUCCAGAGAAAGUAUUUCUAGAUCUUCAUGAAAUUGGACAUGGCAGUUUUGGUGCCGUUUACUUUGCCACUAAUGUUGGAACCAAUGAAGUGGUGGCUAUUAAAAAAAUGUCUUACAAUGGGAAACAAAUGAAUGAGAAAUGGCAAGAUAUAAUCAAAGAAGUGAAGUUUCUAAAACAAUUGAAACACCCCAACACCAUUGAAUACAAGGGAUGCUACUUGAAAGAGCACACAGCUUGGUUGGUGAUGGAGUAUUGCCUAGGAUCUGCAUCUGAUUUGCUAGAGGUUCACAAGAAACCACUUCAGGAAGUGGAAAUAGCUGCCAUUACCCAUGGUGCCUUGCAGGGGCUGGCUUACCUGCAUUCCCACAAUAUGAUUCACAGAGACAUUAAAGCUGGAAACAUUUUGCUUACUGAGCCAGGUCAGGUAAAACUAGCAGAUUUUGGAUCCGCAUCUAUAGCAUCACCUGCCAACUCCUUUGUCGGAACUCCAUACUGGAUGGCUCCUGAAGUAAUUUUAGCCAUGGAUGAGGGGCAAUAUGAGGGUAAAGUGGAUAUUUGGUCCCUUGGUAUAACAUGUAUUGAGUUAGCUGAAAGAAAGCCCCCCUUAUUUAACAUGAAUGCUAUGAGUGCCUUAUAUCACAUAGCCCAGAAUGAGUCACCAUCACUACAAUCCAGUGAAUGGACAGAUCCAUUCAGGGGCUUUGUGGACUAUUGCUUGCAAAAAAUACCUCAGGAACGGCCCACAUCAACAGAAUUACUGCGGCAUGAAUUUGUGAGGAGAGAGAGGCCGCAACGUGUGCUCUUAGACUUAAUCCAACGUACAAAGGAUGCCGUGAGAGAGUUGGAUAACUUACAGUACAGAAAAAUGAAAAAAAUACUUUUCCAGGAAUCUAGAAAUGGACCUUUAAAUGAGUCCCAAGAAGAUGAUGAGGAUAUGGAGCAUGGAUCAAGCUCGACUGGAAAAAUGGACAGUCUUGGCAGCAAUCAUUCCAUCCCAAGCAUGUCUGUCAGUACGGGAAGCCAGAGUAGCAGUGUGAACAGCAUGCAGGAAGUAAUGGAUGAUGGGAGUCCUGACCUGAUGAUAAUGCAGGGAUACAGCUACGAUUCAACUUCUUCCCUUGUUCCCAAAAAGGAUCAUGCAUUCAUAAGGGAUGAGGCGGACCACAGGGAUCCCAGGCCUGAGCUGCGGCCUACCCAGUCAGUGCAAAGUCAGGCACUUCAUUACCGGACCCGCGAGCGAUUCGCUACAAUCAAAUCAGCAUCUUUGGUUACAAGGCAGAUCCAUGAGCAUGAGCAGGAGAACGAGUUGCGGGAACAGAUGUCAGGAUAUAAGCGGAUGCGGCGCCAGCACCAGAAGCAGCUGAUCGCCCUGGAGAAUAAGCUGAAGGCUGAGAUGGACGAGCACCGCCUUAAGCUGCAGAAGGAGGUGGAGACUCAUGCCAAUAACUCGUCCAUCGAGCUGGAAAAGCUUUCCAAGAGGCAAAUCGUAGGCAUGGAUAAAGAGGCAAAGGUGGCUGCAGCGGAUGAAAGGAGAUUUCAGCAACAGAUCAUAGCCCAACAAAAGAAAGACUUAACAUCCUUCUUAGAAAGUCAGAAGAAACAGUAUAAGAUUUGCAAAGAAAAGAUUAAAGAGGAGAUGAAUGAGGACCAUAGCACGCCCAAGAAAGAGAAGCAAGAACGUAUAUCAAAGCAUAAAGAGAACCUCCAGCACACUCAGGCUGAGGAAGAAGCUCAACUCCUUAGCCAACAGAGACUGUACUAUGAGAAAAACUGCCGACUCUUCAAGAGGAAGAUCAUGAUUAAAAGGCAUGAGGUUGAGCAACAGCACAUCCGUGAGGAGCUCAAUAAGAAGAGAACCCAGAAAGAGAUGGAGCAUGCCAUGUUAAUCCGGCACGAUGAAUCCACUAGGGAACUUGAGUACCGACAGCUACACAUGCUACAAAAGCUUCGGAUGGACUUGAUACGUCUGCAGCACCAAACAGAACUGGAAAACCAGUUGGAAUAUAACAAGCGCAGGGAAAGAGAGUUGCACAGGAAACAUGUGAUGGAGCUUCGGCAGCAGCCCAAGAAUCUAAAGGUGAUGGAAAUGCAGAUCAAAAAGCAGUUUCAGGACACAUGCAAAGUGCAGACUAAGCAGUAUAAGGCCCUAAAGAAUCACCAGCUGGAGGUAUCCCCAAAGUGUGAGCACAAGACAAUACUCAAGUCCCUAAAGGACGAGCAGACACGCAAAUUGGCCAUCCUGGCUGAACAGUAUGAGCAAAGCAUCAAUGAAAUGAUGGCCUCGCAGGCGCUGCGGCUGGAUGAGGCUCAAGAAGCAGAAUGCCAAGCUCUUAGGCAGCAACUUCAGCAGGAGAUGGAGCUGCUGAAUGCUUACCAGAGCAAGAUAAAGAUGCAGACGGAGGCACAGCAUGAGCGUGAGCUGCAGAAGCUGGAGCAGAGGGUAUCUCUCCGUAGAGCGCACCUGGAACAGAAGAUCGAAGAGGAGUUAGCUGCUCUUCAAAAGGAGCGCAGUGAGAGGAUUAAACAUUUGUUUGAACGCCAGGAAAGGGAAAUUGAAACCUUCGACAUGGAAAGUUUACGGAUGGGCUUUGGAAAUCUGGUGACGUUAGAAUAUCCCAAGGAGGACUAUAGAUGAGAGAGGCCAGUUUUUUUGCCAUUCAAAUAAAAUUACAAUAAUAAUAUUAACAAUGACAGCAAGGAGAACCUGCAAAACGUACAUUCCCCAUUUUAACGGGCGUGCUCUCUCUCUCUUCUCUCUCUCCCUCCCUCUCUGUCUCUUUCUAUCUCUGACGUCCGUCGGACACUAGUGCCUGUAAUUCUUUUUACUCACCAGGGUGCCUCUGGGCAAAUCUGAGCACGGAGAAAGCUCCCUGGCAUACCUCUCAAGUGUCCCUGAUUGUCAAUCAAAUUUUCAAACCAUCAGAAAACAUUGGUGCUUGUUAUACAAACCGAAGAUUCAAACAACGGAAAGGAGUCUUGAAGUAACAGUUGUGUUUUGUGUUGAAACUCUUCCUUUACUCAUAACCCCUUUUGUGGAAAGAGAUAACUUGAUUAUUCAAAGUUUUGUCCAUGAGUUCCUUGGGGAAGAUGGUGAGAGGUAUGUGUCCUUUAUCUCAGUGUGAGGAUUAAGAGGAAUGGAAAUUCUAGGCCUCUGAGAGAAUGUUCUGCAAGGGUUCUAUGUCAUUCAAGGGGGAGCAUUUAAGAGAUGUGUGUACCUGAUGUAUCUGAAUUACUCUAAGGGAUGAAAGAUUAUGUGUUCAUAAGUCCUCUACUGAGGCUAAAUGAUGUGUUCAUGCAGUAUGGUGAGAAAUAUCAGUCCUUUAUUUCUUCAUGGAAUAUGGUUGUCCACAGUUUUAGUCUGUCUCAUAUCCCAUAAUGCACAACUGUCGGCGAAAUCUCUGAUUAACCUCUUCAACCCUGAGCUAACCAUUUGGGCAGUGUUAUGUGAUAAAAUGAUGACCUCUACUUUUGUCGAAGUAUGGGGCCAUCCAUGGAACUUUUAAGAAGUUCAGUUACCAUGAUAUAAUCACACUGGCAUUACUGGAUUUAGAUCUAGUGAAGUUGUCAAGCUUCUAAAGUGCCUGAAGCUUUAAAAUUGGAUGAGAACUCAGGGAUGAAGUGAUUAAUUUAUCGAUAUUCAAUAACACUUCAUGAGAGACUAUAGAGAAAUGAGGAGAUAUAGUAGAAAACAAAAAACCAACAAAAAUGUGAAAUGGUGUUGGUAAUUACAUAUUUUAUUCUGUUCAAGUACAAGCAAAAAAAAAUUAUAUAUAUACUAUUUAAUACUUAAGAGAGAGAGAGGCAUAAAACUGCAGCCUUAAGGUUACUGCUGCUGCGUUAAACAUUGUUGUUUUUUUGGUAUUUGUUCGUCAGGAAUUUAAAAAAAACAAAAAAACAAAAAAAAGAAGAGAUUUUAUUAAACUAUUGAGGUUUGAUACAUUUUACAGAAACCAAUCAUGUUGUAUAUAUAUAUAGACAUAUUGUUUGGGGA